AUGACACUCGCUACCCUUCGCGAGUCCAUUCAGGCAGAAUCGAAUGUUCCUCCAACCUCGCAGCACAUCUACCACAACGGUCGCCUAAUUUCGGAUGAUACCCAGACCAUGGAGCAACUGCAGAUUGUGGAUGGAGAAAUGUUGGCUGUACACGUCAGAGACAUGCGAGGAAGCACUGGUGUACCCGAACAAGCUCGACGCCCUCAGCCUAGGAGACCAGCUCAGAACGAACAGGACCCUGAGCUCAUCCGCCUUCAGAUUCUUGGCCAGCCUGCUCUGAGACAACAGCUCCAGUCACAACACCCAGAACUUGCUGCAGCAGUUGACAACCCUGCCCGCUUUGCACAAAUCUUCCAUGACAGUCAGAAUCGAGAGCAACGUGAACGCCAGGAACGACAACGUGAGAUCGAGAGACUGAACGAUGACCCUUUCAACGUUGAGAACCAGAGAAAGAUUGAGGAGAUGAUUCGACAGGAGCGAGUCAUGGAGAACUUGCAAAAUGCUAUGGAACACAACCCUGAAGUUUUCGGAAGAGUUCACAUGCUCUACGUCGAUGUAGAGGUAAACGGCCACCCAGUCAAGGCGUUUGUUGACUCCGGUGCUCAGGCCACCAUCAUGUCUCCCUCUUGUGCUGAGGCCUGUGGCAUAAUGAGACUGAUCGAUACUCGAUUUGCGGGUGUAGCUCACGGUGUCGGGACAGCAAGAAUUAUUGGCCGUGUUCAUUCCGCACAGAUCAAAAUUGGAAAUCUAUUCCUCCCCUGCAGCUUUACUGUCAUGGAGGGCCGAUCAGUUGACCUUUUGCUUGGCCUCGACAUGUUGAAACGACACCAAGCCACUAUUGACCUGGCUAGAGACAAGCUCAUUAUCCAAGGUGAAAUGAUUCCCUUUUUGGGAGAAGCUGAGAUCCCCAAGGCGGAAGAGGAGGCGGCUGCACAAGAGCCAACUCUGCCCGGUCCCGAUGGCACAGCAAUCGGACAACGUACCGGAGCCGUUGUGCCUCCUGGCCAGCACCAACAGCAGAUCCCUGCCAGACCGCAAGCCGCUCAGCCUGCACCAUCCCCUGCUGCAGCUGCAGCUCCCGCCCCCUCCGCACCCCAAGCGCCUCCUGCUGCACAGCCUGCUCAGACAACAACAAACAUCUCGCCACAAGCGAUUGAGAGUCUUAUCUCGAUGGGUGCCACUCGUGAGCAAGCUAUUCAGGCCCUCCAGGCCGCAGAGGGCGACCCGGAUGUUGCUGCUGGGUUGAUUUUCUUCUAG